CGCAGCAACGUCUCCCUGACACCGCACUGAACGCAGCCCCGCUGCUGCAGUCCUGCCCACCGCUGCUUCAGGAAUGCAGUGGUUAAAAGCCGCACCGAAGAGCUGCAAUGUUGGCAGAUUUGAAUGAUUUGUUAGAUGAAGUAAAGAAUACGCCCCCUUAACACACUUUGGGCUAAAAAUGGAUAACUCCUUUGUGGAAGAAGUGGCUGCAUCACUGGUGAGAGAAUUUCUCAGUAGAAAGGGUUUGAAGAAAACUAUCGCUACCAUGGACCGAGAAUGUCCACGUUCUACACUUAGCAUCAAUAACAGGAAUGAACUUCGAAAUCUCCUACAUCUAAACUCCUUGUACAAACAGAACAAGGCAAAGGAGAACCCACUUAAAACACUUCUUGAAAUUAUUACUAGUUACUUCCUUGAGCACACUGGGACCUCUAGAACAACAUCAGGUUCUGCUUUGACACAUCCUCAAAGUAAGAGCUCAUCAGUUCAGCUACCCGACUACUCUGAUGAAGAACAUGUGCAUCGGAGCACCAUUAUAUCUGAUGCAAGCAAAACUGAAGAGUACAGAUACGAUGUUGAGGAUUCACUAGAUAAAAUCCUUCCAUCCAGAAAACAUCAGUGCAAAAGUGAAAAAUGCCACACAGGGACCAUAUACAACAGCCACUCACUCUCUGAUGGGGAUAAAAAAUUGAAAGAUAGUCGGGAGGAUUUAAAAGCAGCAACGAGUUCUGAGGAGGUGAAAGCCACUGUGAAGGAAAAGCAAAGGCCCAGGUCUGGUCUCCUUGUCAGAGGAAUGAUGGCUGGACCAAUAGCAAGCUUACCAGAGGAUUUGCAAAAAAGGAGGCUUGCAAAACGGUCCAUUAGCAUAAGCAGCACAGGACAAUUCAAGGGUGAGGAACAUGACAAAAAUGACCUCAGUGUCCCAAGUACUGAUUUUCAAGAAAGUAAAGGAUCUUCAGCACAAUCCACAAGUUACUUCUUUUCACACGGUGAUAGUGCCUUGAAAGGAAAUACGGAAUUUUCAUCAAAGACUUUGUCAAGCUCACAGAUGAGUUCAGCUUCUGAAAAACUAAGAAGCUUCCGCAAAGAUACAGAUGACUCUUUUGCCACACUGCUGUCUGAAAGAGGGAAGACCAAGACAGAAGAAAGAAAAUCUAUUCCGAGCUUUGCUAUGGACAGCAAUGAAAAAAGCCUUAAAGCGAAUGCUCCUCACAGACAUUCAGGGACUGGAAGAGAGAAGAGAGAAAGAUCACUCAAGAAAAAUGAGAGUCAGUUAUCAGGCCACAGGAAGUCUCCAGCAUCCACCUGCAAUAAAGAAGAUCCAAUGAAAGAUGUACUAGAACUAGUUGAUGUUGAGGAUGAAGCAACAACUGCAGAAGUUAGUAAGAUCCCGGACCUUUCAACAUUGUAUAUGCUUCAAGUAGCAUCAAAGGCAAUUGAUAUUUCACUUGCAAAAGAAAUAAAAAAUCUUUUGUUUGGCUCUAGUCUUUGUUGCUUCAGUGAAGAAUGGAAAAUACAGAGUUUUACAUUUAAUAACAUACCUCAGUUAAAAUAUGGCAUCGUGCAAAAAAAGGGUGGCCCAUGUGGAGUACUGGCAGCAGUUCAAGCUUGUGUCCUACAACAGCUUAUCUUUGGAGACAGUAACAGGAAUAAAGACACCCGCAGUCUUCAGCCUUCAGAAGUUCACAGAACCAAAUGCCUCACCAUGGCUAUUGCAGACAUAUUAUGGCGUGCAGGAGGCAAUGAAAAAGCAGUUGUGGCACUGCCAUCAGGAAAACAGCAGUUCACUCCCAUAGGAAAAUACAAAGCGGAUGGAAUCUUAGAAACUCUAAUACUACAUAGUGCCACAAGACACGAAGACCUGAUUGCAUUUCUUCAGAAGAAUAUUCACCAGUUUGAAACUGGUCCUUAUGGUUGCAUCCUUCUGACUGUGUCUGUCAUCUUAUCAAGAUCUAUCAAUCUAUUUCUGUACUACCAUGAAAUGGGAAAAUACUGAUAAUACUGCAUCAGGAAGAAAUACUUGCCACUAAGACUCUUCUCUUCAGUGCUGCCUUUUUGUUGACCUAAAGCACCACACAAAGCAUUGGGUUGUGAAUUAAGAAAAAGGGAUUUAUACUGAGUAAAGCCUUUGAUUCACCACCUGAUGAUGAAUAGGAAUCUUUUAAGUCAUGUGACUUAAAAUUAAUAUAAUUUACUGUUUAAAGUGAUAUUAAAAUUACACACUGAAGAUUCCAUGCAAGGACAAAAGACUAUUAGCGGUAGUGAUUUAUUCAUUCCACCGAUUUUGUCACUUUAUUUUGUCUGAUUUAACAUCAGGAUGAACAAAUGCUUCAGAUUUGCUUGUAAACAGUGAGUCUCUUCAUAGCCCAGCAGAAAACAGGACGCAUUGUUAUAGUUUUCCUGUAUUUUUACAAUGCAUGAGAGGUACUCAUGCAUUAAAAGCUGACACCUUUUAUUAUAAUAAAAAUAAAUACACCUGCGUUGGAUUUGGUAAGUCUUUGGAGGUACACAGAUAAUAAUCUUAGUGAUUUAUAAUCUUGUAGCUAUAUGCCUGAUGUUUGUUUCCUCAUCAGCAGAGAUGAUUUGAAAGGCAGAUGUGCGUCUUCUUGAAACUCUGAGAUACACCUCUAAACUCCCAUAUUGUUUGUACCUACAGAUCA